AUGUGUCCUGCAUGCAUGGGACCUGAGAAUGAUACUGUGAUUUCAGAAUUUCUUCUUCUGGGACUUUCAGAGGAACCAGCACUGCAGCCCCUCAUAUUUGGGCUUUUCCUCUCCAUGUACCUGGUCACUGUGUUGGGAAACCUGCUCAUCAUCCUGGCCGUCAGCUCAGAUUCCCACCUCCACACACCCAUGUACUUCUUCCUCUCCAACCUGUCCUUGGUAGAUAUCUGUUUCACCUCCAACACCGUCCCAAAGAUGCUGUGGAACAUCCAGACACAAAGCAAAGCCAUCACCUAUGAAGGCUGCAUCACACAGUUGUAUUUUUUCUUACUCUUUGGGGGACUGGAUGACUUCCUUCUAGCCGUCAUGGCCUAUGACAGGUAUGUGGCCAUCUGCCACCCCCUGCACUACAUGGUCAUCAUGAACCCCCGUCUCUGUGGACUGCUGGUUCUGAUGUCCUGGAUUAUGGGUGUCCUGAAUUCCUUGGCACAAAGUUUAAUAGUGUUGCGAUUGUCCUUCUGUACAGACUUGGAAAUCCCACACUUUUUCUGUGAACUUAAAGAGGUCGUCCAGCUUGCCUGUUCUGACACUUUUCUUAAUAACAUGGUGAUGUAUUUUGUAUCUGUGCUACUGGGUGGUGGUCCCCUUGCUGGUAUCAUUUACUCCUACUCUAAGAUAGUGUCCUCCAUACGAGGAAUCUCAUCAGCUCAGGGGAAAUAUAAGGCAUUUUCUAUGUGUGUGUCUCACCUUUCAGUUGUCUCCUUAUUUUAUGGAACAAGCAUUGGAGUGCAUCUCAGCUCUGCUUCUACCCACAGCUCACACUCAAGUGCAGCAGCCUCAGUGAUGUACACUGUGGUCACCCCCAUGCUGAACCCCUUUAUCUACAGUCUCAGGAACAGGGACAUAAAGAGGGCCCUGAAAAGAUUCUUUGGGAUGGCAGGUACAAAGGGGACAAUCAUUCCGGGGUAA